AUGGAGAUGGGUCGGACCUCGGGCGGUCCUAAUGCCAAGCGUAUGAACCUAGCUGCACCGGGGAUCCACGAAGUGGCACCGCCGAUGCCGGCAACGCCGACUCCAGAAGCGAUAGAUCUGGAAGCCAUGGUCGAGGAGAAGAGCGCAGAACCGCCGCCCGGAGCGGAGAAAGAUGAAGAACAGUUGCUGGACCACAUCAGCCGCGUCUCCGACCACAUCCUCGGUGAGAUCAUCUCCCUCCUCCCCCUCAAGGAAGGCGCCCGCACCCAGGUCCUCUCGUCCCGGUGGCGCCGUCUCUGGCGCCACGCCCCUCUCAAUCUCGACUUCCGUGGCCUCCCCACCUCCGACAACAUGCUGUCGUCGCGAUGUGUCCUGGUGAGCGACAUGCUCGCCGCCCACAAGGGCUCCGGCCGCCGCCUCUGCCUCCCCGGUAAUCACAUCCAGUGCCGAGCCGACGCGCUGGACGCCUGGCUCCGGUCCCCCGCCCUCAACAACCUCCAGGAGCUCGAGUUCUACUUCUACGGCAAAAGAUACUGCGCUCCGGAUCUAGUAUUGCUGCUACCGCCGCCGGCGUCCAUCUUCCGGUGCUCGUCCACUCUCCGGGUUGCAAUUAUCAGCAACUGCUAUCUCACGGACGACGCCGUCGAACCGCUUCGCUUCAAACAGCUCAGGAGGCUCGCGCUCGUACAUGUCAAGAUCUCGGAGGUCUCACUGCACAAGAUUAUCUCUGUGGGCUGUCCUGGCCUGGAGUGCUUGCUGCUUAGUACCAUUUCGGGCGUCCGCUGUCACCGGAUCAACUCCCCUACCCUUAGAAGCAUUGGCAUUCGUUCUAGCUUUGCCGAACUUAUCAUCGAGGAUGCCCCGUUGCUUCAAAGGCUGCUCUUUCCUGAAAUGAAUAAGUUCAUGAAAACAACGGUUAUCUCCGCGCCUAAACUUGAGAUACUGGGCUGCAUUCCUGAAAAAUAUAGAGAAUCCAGAAUCGUGUUUGGCUCCACAGUUAUCCAGGCGGGGUUGCGCAUUGAUAGCCUGACAAUGGUGGUGCGCACUGUUAAGAUCUUGGCCAUCCAUAUGCCAUUUUUUGAUCAGGAUAUGGUUAUUGACUUGAUGAGAUGCUUUCCGUGCUUGGAAAAGUUGUAUGCGAAGGAGAGAAAUCAGUCAUGUGAACAAAAUAGACGGAACUGUAAAAACUGGAACCUUCUCACAUCUCUUGACUUCCGUUUGAGGACAAUAGUGCUGAGAUGUUAUUGCAAGACCUACUUCCAAGUUAACUUCGCCACAUUCUUCAUGCUGAACUCAAGAAUGCUAGAGACAAUGAGGCUCGAGGUCGAAUCCUGCAAUUACAACGAGCACUUCUUUGCAGAACAACAUGAGAUGCUCCAGAUGGAGAAGAGGGCAUCUAGAGGUGCUCGGCUUUGCUUUACAACUGGCUGUCACCAUGAAGUUUCAGGUACCAUGCAUCUCGAUGAUUUGGAUUCUAUCGACCCCUUCGAUUGUGGAUGUUGAAGAAUUGGUUUGGCGACUGUGGAGCAAGAUACUCUUGCCUUUCAUGUCUCCUGUUUCGGCGGAAGUUGUCCAUUAGUUGUCGUGUGUGUAGUGUUUCUAAGUAUGUAUUAUCGCAGACUCUUCUGAUGUUCAAAAUAAGCUACUUGUGGUCCAUGCACAAGCUGGUGUUGUGUAUACUUGCACAAGAAACUUAUUGUGGUUCUGUUUUGAUGUUCCAGUGGAGCAUCACUCAAGUUAUUUCAUACCUUAUAAACUCAACGGUUUUUCA